AUGCCCAUGGCCCAGCGUGAAAACGAAGGAUGCAUUACACAUCUCUUUUCGCAUCAUUCGCUACUUCCAUUCAACACAGUGACCAACAUCCAACUGGAGUUUGAGAAUGAGCUGACCUUCCCUGCCGUCACUGUCUGCAACUUCAACAGGUUUGAGAGUGGCCGUCUUGAUUCUGCCACGGAGGAGUACCUGUCCGCCCUCUUGUACGGCAGUCCGAUACAGUUCACAUUCGACACUUUUGGGGUGAUCUACGAUCCUGACGGCCAGUCCAGCCCCAGUGUCGAUUUGGACCCGGUGAACGUUACCCUUACGGCCGGGUGGCAGAUAGAGAAGGACGUGAACUUCUUACUCUGUGAGUUCAAGGGAGAAGAGUGCGUCGAAGUGGAUUUCGAGCACGUCUUUACAACCUACGGGAAUUGCUACACCUUUAACGCCGUGGUAGACCCUGACAACCCGCGUAGACAGAAUUUACCAGGAGCAGGCAAUGGGCUGAAGCUCAUCUUCAACAUUUUGAGCGAUUCUUACACAGAAAAGCCUGCGAAAGGAGGCAGUGACGAUGUCGGGAUGAAGGUUCUUAUUCACGACCAGAAGGAGCCGCCGAAGAUGGACACCCAGGGCAUCGCUGUGGGGCCGGGCAGCCACGCCUUCAUCGGGAUAUCAAAAGUCGAGUACAAGAAUGAGAUUCCGCCAUGGGGAGAGUGCCAGGACAAGGAGCUGCAGUACUAUGAUGACUACACUCUGACCGGCUGUCUGUUGGAGUGUGGGACUAACCACGUGUACGAACAGUGCGGGUGCCGACUGUUUUAUCUGCCUGGUGGCAAUGACUACUGUGAGCCGGAAGCGAUAGCAAACUGCGCACUGGAUACUAUAAACGCAGUAACAGCAGGGAACUACACCUGUGACUGCCCCACCCCGUGUGACAUCUCACAUUUCCAGACCAGCGUGUCGUACGCCGGCUGGCCCAACAAGAACACCGCCCGGUACUGGCUCACCUACCUGGACCUGUGGGACUACUGGGACGAGCAGAGCGCCACGUACUACAUGUCACAGAACUGGGUGGUUCUGGACGUCUACUACAGCGAGCUGAACUACCAGGUCAUCGAGCAGCAGCGAGAAAUGACAGAGGGGGAUCUUCUCAGUAACAUCGGAGGCCAGCUGGGCUUGUUUAUCGGAGCCAGUGUCAUCACUCUCUUCGAGUUCCUGGAAUACCUGAUCAAACGGUUCACAUCCUGCUGCCGGAAAAAGUACAUGAAGGAUAAGGUCUUGCCGGUGGAUAUCAAACCGCAACACGAUACUAGUAUCAAACAGAGGCACGAUACUAGUAUCAAACCGCGGCACGCUAUGCAUAUUGACGGAUAUUGAAAUCUUUGGCGACGCCUCCAGGGCGGAGGCAUACUUUUGCUGAUCACAUCGGCUGAUUACGUCCCUUAAUAGAAAUAUCUUAUGGUUCAUACAGGAAGUAGGAAAGAUUUGCUUGUGGUUGUCACAUAUUUCCCAAUGUUUGACUCAUAGAAAUAUAAUUAUGAUAUACAGCAUCACAUUAGGUGAGUCCAAUGUAAGUACUUACUAGUACUUUUUAAAGUGCAUUUGCUGGAUAUUGUUAACCAUUGUGUAUUAAUAUAUAUAUAAGUAGUUGCUGUGGCCUUGAACUUACUAGGACAUCACGUCCACGUUCCUGAACUUCACGUGUAUACAAAGUCCAUCUCAUUUCAAUGCCGGUCCUUGAAAAUAACAUACUCCAUAUCAUUGUACUGUAACAGUAAUGUACUUCAGAACUGGUGUAAUGAACAGCUCCACUGUAUUUUAUGUGUUUUUUUAUAAUCAGUGAUAAAUAAAUCAUGUAAUAACAAGGUUAAACAUCCAACUUUUAAAAGCAAGGUAAAAUCAUAAUAUCAAACAUAUAGUUGAUAUCUUAUUGUUCUUAGUCCAUUGCAAUCUACCCUUGAAAUUUUACAAUAUAGUUUAUAUAAUUAUAUAUAUAUUUUUACAAUAUAGUUUAUAUAAUCAUAAUGUUGCUUUAUAAUGCUAAAACAUUUUACAUGUGCAGUAGGGGGAAAUGUCAUAUUUUCAUGUAGGACAAUGACAGGUUAUUUUCAAUACUAUCUAUUGUGAACAACUAGUAAAUGUCAUCUUGUCAACUAAAAUAGAUUUAUUAGGAAAUUUUUUGUAUCCUGGUCACUAAAGAUAUUCAAAACAUCACCCCUUCCAGUGACUUACAGCAACAUUAUCUCGAAGUGUAAAACUUGAAGGGAAUAACAGAAAUAACUGCCUGCCACCACGAUUGUCAUGUUACUAUGGAGAAACACUGAGGCAGGACCAACCUUCAUGCAACAACUCACGUACAGAUAUUCUAAAAACACGUCUAGGAACAGGAGACUUUAACCAAAUUUAACGCCUUUUCCCGAAAAUGGCUUCACAAGUCGGGCGUGAUGUUGAUGUUGGUGACUUUUCCCCUGGUUUAUGGCAAAGAAAACAUUUCAGAUAAAUAGUUACGGAUGGCGUCAGGACCCAAUAUGGCUGGUUGUGUUUUCCUAGUUCUAGUCCAUUGUCAAGACAAACUUAAAAAGAACAUUGGGGAUGUGAAUGUCUGUUUUGCUGUUGGACUUUUUUUGUCAAAAAAAAUGGUAGAAACAACAAAAUGAAUGUCAUGAGGUAUUAGUAAUCUAUGCUUUCAUUGUAUGCUAUUCAGAUGUACUUAGACAACUUUGGAUGCUACGAAUAAAGAUCUCUUCCACAUGUAAAGUUUGCUAGCAUUCCUUUACAAUUUGCAUCUUAAAUAAAACGUGAUUUUGUAGAUGUUAUCUUUUAAAUCGGGACACUCAGAUGUAGAUAAUAUGCUGCUUCACAAAUUCUUUAUUUCCUGAAAAUAUUACUUAUUAUAGGGUACAGGGAAACAAUAAAAUAUAAUGACAAAAGUUGAUACAAAAAUAUGGAUAAACAUUACAAACACUGUACCAGCUCUUCAUUUUUCAAUAGUUAAACAGGGAUGGCUACAUCAUGAGAAUUCGCUAUCUCUUUAUGUCCAUGAUCAUACAAUCCACAUGUACUAAUACUAGACAGAAAAGUGGUUAUUGUUUAGAUUAUUACAGGCACAUAACUAACAUUAUAUUCACUGAAAAAUAUUCUUUGCAUUUUCCCAACAUUUUCAAUACAACGUUUAAGUUUCCACAACAAAAGAAAUGAGA